AUGUUCGAACAGGAUAUCCAAAAGAGGGUCACUUCGAUUCAGUUUGGCUUGUUUAGCCCAGAGGAAAUACGGAAAGGCAGCGUCGUCCAUAUUUUACAUCCUGAAACUGUCGAAAAUGGUAUUCCUAAGGAGAACGGUCUUAUAGACUUGCGAAUGGGCACCACUGAAAGAAGCUUUCUUUGUCAAACAUGCAACUCAACAUCCUUUGAGUGUGUUGGGCAUUACGGGCAUAUCGAGCUAUCAAAGCCCAUGUUCCACAUUGGAUAUUUAGCCAAGAUCAAAAAGACGCUUGAGUGUGUUUGUUUUUAUUGUUCUAAAAUAAAGGGCUCAAAGAAAAAUUUAAGGCCAGGGUUGGAAGAUUGCUGGACUGUUCUAAAAUCCAAGUCUAUAUGCGAGGGUGAGGACAUCCCCGAGGGCAAGAGUGGAUGUGGCAACAGACAGCCAUCCAUACGUAAGGAUGGGCUGAAUCUGAUUGCGUUCAUGAAGGAAGAUGUUGACGGAGAGGGCAAGGUGGUUUUGAACGGGGAAAGAGUCUAUAAUAUUUUAAAGAAGAUACCUACGGAAGACUCCAUGUUUCUAGGAUUUGAUCCUGACAACUGCAGGCCCGAGUGGAUGAUGUUGACCACCAUUAUUGUUCCCCCACCAGCAAUGCGACCCUCAAUAGUUCUGAAUGGCCACUUAAGGGCAGAAGACGAUCUAACCCACAAGUUGGCCGAUAUUGUCAAGGCAAAUGCGUAUCUCAAAAAAUACGAGCAAGAGGGCGCUCCAAGCCACAUAGUAAGGGACUAUGAACAACUACUGCAGUUCCAUCUAGCAACACUUGUAGAUAACGAUAUUGGUGGGCAGCCACAGGCUCUGCAGAAAAACGGAAGGCCUCUUAAGAGCAUAACUGCAAGACUAAAGGGCAAAGAGGGGCGUAUAAGAGGAAACCUGAUGGGGAAAAGAGUAGAUUUCAGUGCUCGUUCCGUCAUUUCUCCUGAUCCACUGAUUUCUGUCGGCCAGGUAGGAGUCCCGAUCAGCAUCGCCAAGAUUCACACAUUUCCGGAGAAGGUUAAUAGCUUUAAUAUUGACUAUCUUCAGAAGUUGGUCAACAGAGGACCCAAUGAGCAUCCCGGCGCCAAUUAUGUUAUCCGAAGUGAUGGGCAAAGAAUAGAUCUCAAUUUUAAUAGAUUUGAUUUAAAGCUCGAAAAUGGGUUUACUGUAGAAAGACAUAUGCAAGACAACGACGAGGUAUUGUUUAACCGGCAGCCCAGCCUUCACAAGAUGAGUAUGAUGGGACAUAGAGUCAAGGUUAUGUCUGGAAAGAGUUUUAGAUUGAACUUAUCGGCCACAUCUCCCUACAAUGCAGACUUUGACGGUGAUGAGAUGAACUUGCACAUGCCACAGUCCUAUGCCACCAAAGCUGAGCUAGGUCUCUUAACAGCAGUGGACAAGCAAAUAGUCUCGCCUCAAUCAAAUAAGCCUGUCAUUGGUAUUGUACAAGACACGCUUGUUGGAUCCAGACUUCUAACGGUAAGAGAUGCUUUUUUCAACAAAAGAGAGGCCAUGAAUCUUCUUUAUAGCUUUAAUUCGUUUGGAAAGAAAAACGAAGACUUUUUGGACUAUCUAAGGCCUACAAUUCUUCAGCCUGUAGAGCUAUGGACGGGCAAGCAGCUCUUCUCUGCAAUUCUUCCCAGGAUAUUUUACAUGCGUGAUUCAAAUGCAGAUAUUUCUGAAAUGGACAAUAAAGGAUGGAAUUCUAUUAACCUCACUGAUUCGACGGCCAUUAUAAGGAAUGGUGUAUUGUUGGCUGGUCCGAUUGAUAAGAAAUCGGUUGGUGCCCAGCAAGGUGGACUCAUUCACAUCAUUUUCAACGACUAUGGGUCUGAGGCAGCCAAGAACUUCAUAGACAACAUUCAGAGAAUUGUAACUCACUUUCUUCUUCACAUUUCUUCAUUUUCGGUUGGUAUCGGCGACUGUGUUGCAGACAACAGGACACUUACUCUCUGCAAAUCUGCUGUUAAAAGAGCCAUGAGUGAGGUAGACGAGAUUAUAGCAUUAACUAAGAAGAAUGAAUUGGAAAAAAUGCCUGGCAUGACGCUUUCUGAAACAUUUGAGUCUCGUGUCAAUGUCAUUUUGAAUAAGGCUAGGAACAUUUCAGGCACAUCUGCCCAAAACUCUCUCAAUUCAUGCAACUACAUGAAAGCCAUGGUAUUAUCGGGAUCGAAGGGCAGUUAUAUCAACAUUUCCCAAAUUAUCACCUGCUUGGGUCAGCAGAAUGUGGAGGGUAAGAGGAUCCCUUUUGGAUUUUUUGAACGCAGUCUUCCUCAUUUUUAUAAAUAUGACUUUAGCGCCAAGAGCCGGGGGUUUGUUCAAAAUUCAUACCUGUCGGGUAUGGAUCCUGAUGAGUUUUUCUUCCAUGCCAUGGGUGGGCGUGAAGGUAUUAUUGAUACGGCAAUCAAGACUGCAGAGACUGGCUAUAUUCAGAGAAGAUUAGUCAAGGCAUUGGAAGAUGCUAUUGUCCAUCAUGACUUUUCCGUCCGGAAUGGAAGGGGAGACAUAUAUCAAUUUUCGUACGGCGACGACGGUUUUGACGCCACUUAUCUUGAAAACGUGGUUGUGCCAAUUGAUAAUUUUAAGGAGAGAUAUUUCAUCGACAUGUUCGGAGACGACAGCCAUGCCAUCUUUCCACAUCAGGUUUCUACGGAUGUAUAUCAGCUACUGCGCGACGACAUUGAUCUUCAAAAGCUUCUUGACAAGGAAUAUGAAUAUCUCUAUGCCAACAGAAAUCUUCUCAAGGACUCAUAUCCUUCACCUGUGAACAUUUCAAGAAUAUUGAGCAAGUACAAAAAGACAACCAUAGAGAGCAUUAGUCCAUACACCAUCCUCAAUUCGUUUAACAGUAUUAUGACCGGCAACAAAAGACUGGACUACUACAUCAGAUUGUCAUUAAAUGUGAAGUUUGUCCUUCUCAAUCUCUCGCCUGCUGACUUUAAUGCUGUGCUCUCUGAGAUCAAAACCAAGAUUCUCAGGGCCAAGGUAAAUGCCAAUGAAAUGGUUGGCACACUGGCAGCACAGUCUGUAGGAGAACCUGCUACUCAGAUGACUCUUAACACGUUCCAUCUAGCUGGAGUAGCCUCCACAGUUACAAUGGGGGUACCUCGUCUCAACGAAAUAAUCAAUCUUGCCAAGUCCAUAAAAACACCUUCUAUGCAAAUUUUCCUUAACAAGCCGCUUGGCACUGACAUUGAAAAUGCAAGACGAGUCCAAAAUCAAAUCGAGUUUCUUUCUUUGAAAAUGGUCUGCGAGAUGUCUCAAAUUUUAUAUGAUCCCAAAAUUAGGACCACCUCGAUUGGAGAUGAUAGAGAAUUUGUUGAGACCUACUUCGAAAUGCCUGACGAAGAUAUUGACUUUGAUCUUCUCAGUAAAUUUGUAAUAAGACUGGUAAUUUCCAGAUCAUCUAUGGUUACCAGGGGGCUAACACUCGAAUUCAUAUCGUCAAAAAUUAGGAAGUUGUACGGAUCUGGAAUUCAUAUUAUUACGUCUGAUGAAAAUGAUGAACGUUUGGUAAUUCGCGCAAGGUUCUUUGCCAGCAGCGAAGAGACAUUAUCUUCCCUCAAAGAAGCACAGGCAGAGAUACUUAAGAUUCAUCUCCAAGGGCAUACACAGAUAAAAAAAGCUUACCUGACCAACCUUAACAAGCUCGAUAAAUCUGAAUGGUGCCUGCAAACUGAUGGCAUUGACUUUUUAUCCGUUUUGAGUGCUCCUAAUAUUGAUGGGACAAGAGUGAUGGCCAAUGAUAUCUACGUCAUUUACUCUGUCCUUGGUGUUGAGGCUGCCAGACAAUCCAUUCUAAAUGAGCUUAGUCUUGUUAUUGAGGACAACGGCUCCUCAUAUGUUAACCACAGACAUAUGUCUCUUCUUGCUGAUGUUAUGACGGUCAAGGGAUAUCUCACAGGCAUCACCCGCCACGGUGUUAGCAGACAAAGCGCCAGUGUUCUCAAGAGGGCAUCCUUUGAGGAGACCGUUGAUGUUUUGUUGGAUGCUGCUGCAAAUUCUGAGCUAGAUGCAGUCAAGGGUGUCUCAGAAAAUAUUAUGCUUGGUCAGCUUCCUCCUGUUGGUACUGGUAACGUUGACAUAGUUCUUGACAUAAAGAAGAUUGAGCAUAUUAUUCCCAGAUAUGUUUCUCCAUCGAAGGAGGGCAUGUCUGCUCCACUCUACAGCCCAUCGAGUGACUCUGUUGUGUCAUGGUCGUCGGGCAAUUAUAGUCCCAUUGGUACUGGCGGGUUUAGUCCCAUGAGUCCUCUCAGUGCAGGAUUUUCUCCUGAUUACUCUGGAUAUAAUAGCAUCCAGAGCCAGACAUAUAGUCCUACAAGCGCAGGCUACAAUAUCAGGAGCCCAGUUUAUAAUGCCACCUCACAGGUGUAUAAUCCUAGAACACCCAACUUUGCACCCGUGAGUCCAACAUACAAUCCCAUGACCUCUAUGUAUGCGCCAACAUCAUUUGAUACUAGUCUUUCAAGUGACCACCAUAAACCCACAUCACCCUCAUAUACUCCAUUGAGCCCUUCCAAUAGUCCUGCCUCUCCAAGAUAUUAUGGCUCCUAUGAGCCUGCAUCAUCCAGCUACAGUCCAGCAACUCCGGGAUUCAAGCUCCACUCGCCGACAUACAGCCCGUCCAGUCCCAGUUUUAAUGAAAAGUGGAAAGAUGAUGGCAAGGGUAAAAAGUAA